AUGAAGCUGAACAUUUCUAACCCCCUUAACAAUGUACAAAAAAGCAUAGAGAUCGACGAUGAAAAGAAGUUAUUACCUUUUAUGGAAAAGAGGAUAGGAAAUGCUGUACCUGGAGAUUCAAUAGGCGAAGAAUUUACGGGUUAUGUAUUUAGAAUCACUGGAGGUAAUGAUAAACAAGGUUUUCCUAUGAUUCAGGGUGUGUUAACUAAUAAUCGUGUUCGUUUAUUAUUUAAGAAAGGUAUGAAAUGUUAUAGACCCAGGAAAAAGGGUGAAAGGAAAAGAAAGUCCGUGAGAGGUUGUAUUGUUGGUCAAGAUUUAUCAGCAUUAAAUUUAACAUUAGUUAAAAAAGGUGUAAAUGAAAUACCAGGUUUAACGGAUAAAGCCGUAGGUAAAAAACUAGGACCUAAAAGAGCUAGCAAAAUAAGGAAAUUAUUCAAUUUAGAUAAAUCCGAUGAUGUAAGAAAAUAUGUUAUAGGUAGAGCUAUUACUAAAAAUGGUAAGACCAAAUUUAUUAAACCAAAAAUCCAAAGACUUGUAACUGAAAAGAGAUUAUUAAGAAAAAGAAAUCUCUUACAAGCUAAAGAAAAACGUAGAUUAGAAAAAAAACAACAACUCAAAGAAUAUAAACAACUUCUUAAUAAAUAUAGAUCAGAAUUAAAUCAACAACAUGAUGUAGAAACUACAAAAAAAAAAAAAGUUAAAAAAAGCUUAUCAAAAACUAAUAAAACUGCAUCCAAAUCGAAACUAAAUACAAAACAAGAACAAAAAGAUAAAACAGAAAAAAAACAAAACAAAACAAACAAUAUUAAAAAUGAUAAAUCAGAGAAAAAAGAACAAGCAAAAAAAAAAACAAAAACAAACGAAAACACGCAACAAACAAAGCAAAACAAACCAGACAAAAAAAAUAAGGCCAAAAAAUAA